GGAGAGAGAAGUACUAUAUACAUCCAGACAUUAUAUAGCACUUCUAGAUCCUAUUAUUAGCCACCCUGCCCAACUACCCAACCAGGCUGGCCUGAGUGGUUCAGGUUGCGCACGAACUACUUCCUGAUCGUCGUCUGCUAGUCCGGUGAUCUCAUACUUGUCGCAUUGCCACUCUUCCUUUCGCUGGCCCCCGUGACGCUUCUUUUAACGCCCAGAACCUCUGUAUAACCCCCUAGUAUGUCCAGCGGUGAGUUAUGGUCCACUUUAGUCACCGCAAUCGAUCCCGGUAGUACCAAAGCCAUGCCCAUUAUCCUUCAAUCGACCAUCGAUCUUUUGGAGACAGAACUAGCCAAGGCUAGAGCGGCGCUCCAUGAGAUCCAGCCCACGGCAUCAUCUUUAUUUACGAAGCGGGAUGAGCUCGCUUUGGGCGCUGUGGCAGCAUAUCGUCAAAAUCUCAUUGACCGUGCGCCGGACUUCUUCUAUGGCGCGAGCCGAUUGACCCCCAAGGAGCUGGGGCUUGUCCCUGCAGUCCGCGAAGUACAGGCGGCCGAUGAGGACGAUGAUCAUGUAAAGACCGCGUCUAAGCAACACCUUCAGCCUGUCCAGCCUGUUGCGCCGAAGCGCGCUACUUUGGCAGAUGUCUUAUCCAACAGUCUAAUCCUCGACCAUAUGGCCCCAUAUCUGUCAACCCCCUCAUUGUUGGCUCUAGCAUCCACUUCCCGCCAGGUUCGGUCAUCGAUAGUGGACACCCCCUACAUUUUCCGCCACCUUGAUCUGACUCAAUGCCGUGGCGCGAAACCAGGCAGCACAUCUACGAUAGACUCAGUUGAACAAGCAUGGAGUGGUGAGCGAGCGGAAGACUCCGUGGUCGAGGAUGAGUUUUAUUCUGCGCCUUUGAGGAGCAUCUUCGCUAGUCUCCAAAGGCAGUCGCUCCUGCAGGACGUGCGCACAUUGGUUCUAGAUGGACUGUCCGUUCCAGCGGGAUUGGUUGCGGAAAUCAUCCUCACAGAUCGCUUCAACGUUAAUAUUCUAUCCAUAAGGGAGUGCCGCCAUCUCAAUGAGCGAAAACUAAUGCAGGUGCUGACCCAUGCGGUGCGGCCUUCGCGCCCCAAGGGCACACCCCGUGUCAAAGGCAUCUAUCACUUUACUCCUCUUCAUCAGUCUCGUGCGGUAGUCCGCAGCAGAUACCGCGACUGGUGGAGCUCGAGAUGCGGCAGCCAAUCGUCUUGCAUUAGUCCAGGUUCGGAAAACGAGUCUGCAACUGCUGAACUUGCUGAAAUUGCCACACAACAACAGGAUGCAUGGUAUCAUCCGUCCGGGCAGCUCUUCAAGCAGAGCAUUGAGGAUGGCUGGGCAGAGACAAUCAAGCAAUGCGAAGGUAUCAUUGCCUUUGACGCUGUUCUGUGCCGUGGUCCUCGUCAUGACGUUGAUCCUUCCCCUCCCAUGCCGGAAGACCAGGGUGUAUCUCAGCCGGAAGGCCGGCCACCGCUUGAACCAAAACUGGCAACUGUUGCACUAGGGCCCCGGGGGUGCGAUGGCUGCCACACCUCACCCGAAGGCCCAACCUUCUGGGGCCAGUCUCCGGAUGAAAACCUUCCCCUGCUCACGCCGCCCCCGCUCCACUCUUCCUCCGCAGUCAAGGCAAAACGGCCGGUGUUGAUUCCGGACGAACAGCCCAGUCUAAUCGCUCGCUGCACGGAUUGCUUGACAGACCGGUGGUGCCAUCGUUGCAAUAAAUGGUUCUGUGAGGAUUGCCUGCCUCAUCCAGAACGUGUACGGAACAAUCUUUCACCGCAUCAGACAGCGUUCAGAAAUCCGCAGAGCAGUCCUAGUAGUACUGAACAGUCCGAAGAUCGUGAGCAAUUCAGCCGUGGUGUAAGCAAAGACUGCUGGGAAUGUGGUCCCACGUGUGCUCAGUGCAAGACAGAAUGCCAGCGAACUUGCCAAAGCUGCCGUGGUGAAUAUUGUGUUGAGCAUAAUGAGGGCUGUUCGUCGACGAUGUGCGAUUGGUGCAAUGCCAGUACCCGGAAUCGGGUGAGAGAACUGUAUUGACAUCCUGUGCGAGUCGAGGCUCCCAUGAGCUAGUCUGGAGAAGACACGUAAUUAUGGACUCCAUCAAACAUCUAAGGGAAGUAUAUUCGGCCUCUCUCGGCCUGCUCGCAUCUUGCUAUAUUGAGAUUUUCUUCGUUACGGUUCACAAUCUUGUCUCUAUCUUUUUCUGGUACUAUAUUAGCCGGCGUGCUUUUCUCGCCACUCAGAAUACCACUGCAGCGCGUAUGAUUCAGCCAUAGUUCGAGUGUACCUAGCAUGAAAGACCUGUAGGCCGGCCCUAAAAGGCAAUAGGAGGGGAAAAUAAUAAUCUUAAAAUGCUAAAAGAUAGU